UCCCGAGUCUUUCUUUUUGCAACUUCCCUUUUAUUUCUAUUCUCUCUCUCUCCUCCAGUCUUCCUUCUCCUUCUCCUCUAUAGGAAUUGCAGCUAAACAACUCCACAAACAGCUAAAAGACCCAGCAAUAAAAACAAGCAACAGAGUCCAAAACUUCUCAGUUUUUCUUUAGAUCGCCGGUUUCCGGCAUGGGAAACCGGCGUAGAAGUGAAUAUCACCCACUGCCGGCGGCUUCUUCCGCCUAAAUGCAAGGAAAGAGCCGUCUACAACCAGUUGAUGUCAGUGUUCAAAGUUCCGACGAUGAUGACGAUGAUGACGAUGAUGAUGGAAGAAGAAGAAUAACAACCACACAAGUGUUCUCAGCUUCUUCUUCUUCUUCUUCUGUCUCUACCAGAGCUGAACCUUCCUCUAGUACUAUACUACUACUAUUCAUUAUUAUUUAUUUGUUUCUGUUGUCACUGGGUUCCGCUGGGAAAUAUCAACAAUGGCAGCCACUGCCAAUAGUGCUUCGUUAGAGUCCUCGAUUCCGGUUUCGGCAGACGACCUCACGGCAAAGGCAGUACACAAGCGCUAUGAGGGGUUGGUGACGGUAAGGACCAAAGCCAUAAAGGGUAAAGGAGCUUGGUACUGGGCACACCUGGAGCCCAUACUCGUUCAUAAUUCCGAUACUGGCCUCGCUAAAGCCGUCAAGCUCCGGUGUUCGCUUUGCGAUGCUGUGUUCUCUGCUUCGAACCCGUCUCGCACUGCUUCAGAGCAUCUCAAGAGGGGUACUUGUCCCAAUUUCAGUUCCGUUGCCAAGCCCAUCUCCUCCGUUUCACCUACUCCUAUCACUACCCUCGCCUCUCCUUCUUCGUCUCAUCAUCUCCAGCCUCACCACCAUCAUCCCAACCACCGCAAACGCAGUUUAUCUUUGCCCGGUUCCGGCGGCGGUAGUGGAACUUCCUCCUACCAUGUCCCACCACUUGCCAUGGUCGAUCCUUCCCGCUUGUGCGCUGACCUCUGUUAUUCCUCCGCAACAGUAGUUUCUACUUCAAGUGCUGCUGCAGCUUUGCCUCCACCUCAACAGCCUCAGCAGCAGCAUUUGAUGCUGUCGGGUGGGAAGGAAGACUUGGGUGCUCUCGCUAUGCUUGAAGAUAGCGUGAAAAAGCUCAAAAGUCCCAAGACCUCCCCAAGCCCAACCCUUAGCAAGAACCAGAUUGACUCCGCUCUGAACCUCCUCGCUGACUGGCUCUAUGAAUCCUGUGGUGCUGUCUCUUUCUCAAGCCUCGAGCACCCAAAGUUCCGAGCAUUCCUUAACCAGGUGGGUCUUCCCGCAAUCUCUCGCAAGGAGUUUGCAGGUUCCAGGUUGGAUGCCAAGUUCGAAGAAGCCAAAACCGAGUCAGAAGCGAGGAUUACGGAUGCGAUGUUCUUCCAAGUGGCCUCUGAUGGUUGGCAACCUAAGCAUUCGGGCUUUGUUGGUGGAGAGAACUUGGUGAAUUUGACGGUGAACCUUCCCAAUGGAACCAGCGUGUAUCGAAAAGCGGUGCUCUCGAACGGCCCUGUUCCGUCAAAGCAUGCCGAGGAGAUUCUGUGGGAGACGAUCACCGGCAUAUGUGGGAGUGUUGUGCAACGCUGUGUGGGGAUCGUUGCUGACAAGUUUAAGGCCAAGGCAUUGAGAAAUUUGGAGAAUCAGAACCAUUGGAUGGUUAAUCUCUCUUGUCAACUUCAGGGGUUUAUUAGCCUUAUAAAGGACUUUAGCAGAGAGCUUCCACUCUUCAAAACCGUUACUGUCAAUUGCCUGAAGCUUGCUAAUUUCUUCAACUCUGAGUCCCAAGUUCGGAACUGCUUCCAGAAGUACCAAUUGCAGGAGCUUGAACAUGCUGAGUUGCUUCGGGUGCCUCCACCCGAGUUUGAGAACACUAAGAACUUCGUUUCUGUGUAUGCCAUGUUGGAGGACAUUUUGUCUUCUGCCCAGGCACUUCAGCAAGUUGUGUUGGAUGACUCGUACAAGGUUGCCUGCGUGGAAGACCCAGUUGCGAGGGAGGUUGCCGAGAUGAUUGGGGACAUGGGAUUUUGGACUAAUUUAGAGGCAGUUCACUCCCUUGUGAAGCUCAUUAGAGGGAUGGCUCAGGAGAUUGAGGCAGAGAGGCCGUUGGUCGGACAAUGUCUCCCACUUUGGGAUGUACUAAGGACAAAAGUGAAGGAAUGGUGUGCCAAAUUUAACAUUGCAGAAGAACCUGUAGAGAAGGUUAUUGAAAAGAGGUUCAAGAAGAACUACCAUCCAGCUUGGUCAGCUGCCUUCAUACUUGACCCGCUAUACUUGAUGAGAGACACUAGUGGAAAGUACCUCCCACCCUUCAAGUACUUGACACUUGAGCAGGAGAAGGAUGUGGACAAGCUCAUAACCAGGUUAGUAUCCAGGGAGGAGGCCCAUAUUGCUCUGAUGGAGCUCAUGAAAUGGAGGUCAGAAGGGCUUGAUCCGUUGUAUGCACAAGCUGUCCAGGUUAAGCAGCGAGACCCCAUGACAGGAAAGAUGAAAAUUGCAAAUCCCCAGAGCAGUAGAUUGGUGUGGGAAACAUGUCUCAGCGAAUUCAAGUCACUGGGGAAAGUUGCAGUGAGGCUUAUUUUUCUCCAUGCAACCUCGUGUGGUUUCAAGUGCAACUGGUCGUUCUUGAGGUGGGUGUGUUCCCAUAGCCACUCAAGAGCCGGCAUGGAGAGGGCCCAGAAGAUGAUAUUCAUUGCAGCCCAUUCCAAGCUUGAAAGGAGAGAUUUUUCCACCGAGGACGACAAGGACGCAGAGAUGUUCGCUUUGGAAAAUGGUGAGGAUGAUGUGCUCAAUGAGGUCUUUGUUGACCCAUCCUCGGUGUAACAUUUUUGUUUUACUUUGUAGAAUUCUGGAUUGUAGGAUUUAUUGAAUUCUUUCCACUAGUCUUUUCUCUUCGUUCUGGUUGUUUACUUACACUUCUGAUAGAAGAUUUUGGGGCAGUAAGGUUGGGGGUGAGGGAGAAAUUGAAAUAUGUAUUAUCACUGCUAUACACAGGCCUCAUGGUUCAAAUGGAUCAGCUAUCUCCUGCCCUAGCAUGGUUUUGGGGUUAUUGGGUUUGCAGAAAAAAAAAAAAAAAAACUCUCCUUGUUUAUAAGAGUUGUGGAGGAACAGAACAGGAAGAAUGUUGUUACAUUUUGGUUCCUAGAGUAUAAUUUGGGAUAAAUAAUAUUUAUGAAGAAGAGGCUUUUUCUCUCUUUCUAAUUGAA